CUUUGAUCCGAAGGCUAACAUUCAUCAACUGAAAAAACCAACCAACCUCUCCUUCGAAAAAGUGAAAGAACAAUCUAACGCCAAAGCUUAUCUCCUCUCCUCUGUUGCAGAUCAGAUCAAACUCAUCGUGUCGACGUAAGCAGGCAUGGAUUCAGGAACCAAAGUAAAGAAAGGAGCGGGUGGAAGAAGAGGUGGUGGUCCGAAGAAGAAACCUGUUUCCCGGUCUGUUAAAGCCGGUUUACAGUUCCCCGUCGGUAGGAUCGGUCGGUAUCUAAAGAAAGGUCGCUACUCGAAGCGUGUUGGAACCGGAGCUCCGGUGUAUCUCGCCGCCGUUCUAGAGUACCUUGCUGCUGAGGUUCUUGAGCUUGCUGGUAACGCUGCCAGAGAUAACAAGAAGAAUCGUAUCAUACCACGCCAUGUUCUGUUAGCUGUGAGGAACGACGACGAGCUAGGAAAGCUACUCAAAGGCGUAACAAUCGCUCACGGUGGAGUUUUACCUAACAUAAACCCAGUUCUCCUCCCAAAAAAGUCUGAGAAAGCAGCUUCAACUACAAAAGUGACCAAGUCACCAUCAAAGGCUACCAAAUCCCCUAAGAAGGCAUAGUUCUCAUUACCAUGUAAACUCAGUUGUAAACAAUGUGUAAUGUUCACUCGUUCAGACAAGUCUGGUUAUCGUUGUAAUUUAACCACGAUAACAACGUAUAAACCCUAGUGCAUGAAAAGAAAGAAAGAAGAGGAACAACAUAUUAGAAAACA